AGAUUUGCUAAAUGUUAACUUUUUACGCUUUGAAUAAAUUAUUAAGAUACAAGUAACUUGCUGAGGGUGACCUAUGAACAUAUGUUUAUUACUUCAUUGAUUGAAACAGAAAUGGUCAGGAAGCAUUCGACUACCAAAGUGGGAGGAGUACAAAAGAUCUUGUAUCCUUCAUGAAAGAUCCCAAGGAGCCACCCCCUCCCCCGGCCCCCGAGCCGGCCUGGAGCACGGUACCCAGUAAGGUCAACCAUCUGACCUCCAAAGACUUUAAAACAUUCCUCAAGUCCAAAGCCAGUGUACUAGUCAUGUUUUAUGCACCUUGGUGUGGACAUUGUAAGAAAGCUAAGCCGGACUUCCAGGAAGCCGCAGAUAAAAUGGCCAAGGAGUCCAAAUCAAAAGCAUUCGCUGCCGUAGAUUGUACAACUAAUGAAGAUAUCUGUUCUACAGAGAAAAUAGAGGGAUAUCCAACUAUUAAACUUUAUAGUGAUGGAAUUUUUAUGGCGGAUUAUAAUGAUGAUAGAAAGGCUAAUAAAUUUUACGACUUUUUAAAAAAUGCACCAGUAGUAAAAGAGGAACUGUAAUAUCUCCUAGCCUAUUUAUCUUUAAUAAAUUUUAUUACCUACAA